AUGGCAUCCUCGAAGCCUCCUGCAGGUCACUUCACAAUCUUGUAUUUUGCGGCUGCCUCAACUUUCACUGGCAAGACCACAGAGCAUUUGCCCGCCCCGCUCCGCGUACGCCAUCUGUUUGCCAAGCUCGACGACACGUAUCCUGGCUUCAAGGAGCGCGUGCUGAGCAGCUGUGCUGUCACUGUGAAUCUCGACUAUGUCGACCUAGACGACGAUGACGACGGUGCCUCAUGCGUGGACAUGGAGAUCAACGCAGGCGACGAGGUGGCCAUCAUACCGCCUGUCAGCUCGGGCUGA